AUGGUGAAAAUUCAUAAACCAAGUGACUUUCAAGCCAAAGCGACCGAAAGUUGUCCAUGCGCUGCCAGGACACUCAAUCAGUGCGUCAAGCCGAGUUUGUCGUUGACUUUUUGCUUCGAUCCCGUCGUUCUAAAAAAGCAUAAUAUAUGGAAAAGAUCCAACUUAUUCGGAAAACUAAAUCAUAAGAAACAUGACACAACAAUAACGGAGACUUUAUCAGCCACGGUGUUUCAAGUCUUAGAAGUCUAUGCCGAAGCGGACUGGAAAAAUACGGGGCCGCUAUAA